AGCCCAAUGUAACAACCAACAAUAAGAUAUUUCCCACGCACGCGGCCAUUACGCACCACGUAUUCCCGAUCCACGCACACGAGUACGAGUGGGUCAAUUCUUGGCGUGUAAAAUAUUCCGAGGAAAACUUUCCUACGUAUGUACAUUUAAACGUAAGUUCAAACGCAUAACGAUGAUACAACGAUUAGAUCGGGCGCAAAGAGGAUCGAACGAGAUCGAUGCGUGUCGAUUAAAAAUUUUUUUCAUGGGGCCCGCGCUCGCGACCGACUCCCGGGUACAUGCGAAACGUGUCUCUUUUCGUUUCAGAUUUCGAUCACGUGUCCAUGAACGUGAUAUAUAAUUAGUAUUAAAUACUAUGCGUCAUUCCGGCCACAUGUCACGUAUCACACAUCUCGUAUCAGCCUCAAAAUGUGUAUUACCGAGUGAAACAGAAUUUCCGUGUUCGAUUGAACCUUUGAAUAAUUGGGCCGGUCGUUGUUUUCUUUUUUUCUCUUUACUUUUCGUCGGCGCUAGAAAUUCCUCCGGACCCUAAUCUUCGAGAAGCUUUCGGCGCGUACGCAUUUGAUGAAAAAGUUGAUGAUUCAAAUGAAAUUAAUUACGAAGCGGUCCGGGAACCACGUUUUUUCCGGACAAACAAUUUCCAUUCUUUUCUUGUAAUUGUAAAGUAUUUUAUUUAUUUAUUUUGUCUCGAUCGAUCGAUCGGACCGAUUGAUCGGGGAAAAUACGUCGUCACGUAGAGGUGUACGUAGAAAAUAUACGAGUAUCGGUUGAGUGCCUUUCGGACGACCUUAUUAGAUAAAUCGCAUAUACAUGUAUAUUUGUGCUAAUUUGACCGAAAUAAUUUCAAUUACUAACACCACAGUGCACCGACCGUUACCGCUAUCCUCCCAUUGUAAACGUAUACGUACACACGAGGGAGGAAUCGACGAUCGAUGUACGGUUAUUGCAAGUAUAAUAAUAUCGUUGCAGUAUAGGGAAUCAAUCAAUACUCAACAUUUGACAAUUAUACCGAGCGUGUGUAUACCUAUAUACACUAUAUGAGAUUUUGCACAGCGAGUCCAUGUGCGGGGGAUAUAACAGCUGGAUGUAUUCCCUAUCGAAGAUUAUCUCGACAUCUGAUGGAAAAGUGUCUACGUAAAAUAUAUGAAGAAUAUGUAUACCUAUGAGCGGAGGAGGAUGUAAUCUUUUCAAACUGCAAGACGAACCGCGAGCGAUGGAAUUAUUUUGCCGAGCUCUAAAUCUUUUUAUACGUAUAUUUUGUCUGAUUUUAUUUCAUCCUAUUUUUUGUUCUUACCUUCCUUUUCAUUUUCCACCUUGUUGUCCGUAAAACCGCGAAGUGCAGAUGUAUAUUUCGCUGAAUUUUUGAUAAACAUUUACGGGCGUCGUGAGCUAUAAGAGAAAAUCCGGAAGGCGGUUUAUACCGCACGUGCACGUCUAUACGUAUACGUCAGGGUGACUUGCGAUACGGGAUUUAGAUAUAAAGUUAAUUUAUUUGCAUCUCUUAUAUGCCAAUAAAUUGAUAAAAUUUAUUUUUUUGAAAAAAGUAUCUCAUACACAAUAUACGACAAGAAUAUAUACUAUAAUGUUGUAAACUGCAACUCUCAAGUUAUAAUGAAUAUAAUAUUAUAUUUAUAGGAGUGCAAUAAUAACAUCGCCCGCAUCACGUUUAUGCGGAAGCUUGAGAAGCCACCAUUAUGCGAUAUUUUUAUUUAAUCUCUUUUCUCUUCAUUCACUAUUCUUUUCACUCUUAUUUUCCUCAAUCCCGACGCAAAUCUCAGCCUCGGGACUAUACUUUUAUUCUCGUUAUUAUCAUAACGGCGGCUGUAAAUGUAACUGCAGUUAUUUGCCGAGUGAGAAUUAAACAACGUAUUGUUUACACGGUUCAACUUGCAUCAUCCCUCGUAUAAAACCAACACUCGAUUACGAAGUUACGGAGGUAUGCACAGGUGCCGAGUGCAAAUGUAUAUAAUAUUCUACUCAUCUCGCGAAAUUGGGCAGGCAGAAUACUACCGAACUGCACGAAGCUGCGGAAACCUCAUAAUUUUUGCAUCCCUUGCUACGCAGAGAGAAAGAAAGCAGCCCAACCGUUGAGCGCGGUGAUUAUUUUUAGCCCGGCGUAAGCGUUUUAUUUAUAAAUUAUAGACUUGUCAAUAAUUGCGAUUAAGAUGAAUCGGACGGAAGAUUAAAGUAAUAAAAAGAGAGGAAAUUAUUCCUCAGAUAUACGAGUUCGCUGACCUCAUUUCGUGGACACGUACGUACGUACAUUCCGUCUAAUUAUAUACGUAUAUGCUUGUACAUCGAGCUACAAUUAUAUAUACGCCAUGAACGUUAAUGUACGUAAUAUUUCGGCCGCCGGUAUCGCGGUACGUGGAUGUGAUAUACGUAUAUAUAAAUCCGUUUCCAUAUCGCGGCGACAAACGUAUGUAUACGUAUACGUUGAAUCGCCCUCAUCUCAUUUCCUUUAUCGCUGGUUUUGCAGCUCCGGCUGUUUCCGCAUACCGAGGACGCGGUAUCUGAAAAGCUACGCCGUGCGGAAUCGAUUUUUGGCGGAAACAAAAAAACCCACCCCCCAGUCUGCCGAAAGUUUGAUAAGUAAAUUUUUUCAUUUCUCUUCGUCGGAACGACGACGAUGUAUCCCGAUUACUCGAACGAAACAUUUUCACCCCCUCCCCCCUAUUUCUCGGGAGAGCUUUGGGCGAAUUUUUACCAAACCCCAGGCGCAAGUUUUUGUUUACGAAGCAUUCCGUCUUCCAGGUGGCCCAUUAACGUCCGUUGCGGAUUUCGAACGAGCGGGGGGGGGAGAGGGGGGAAGGGGAACAAUCGACCAUUUCCAAAGUGCCAUCAUCGCCUCGCGAAAUUGAGAAAGAACAACAAGCAGCGACGUUAAGAAGUUGAUCUAGUCGACGCGGAAUGCCCCCCCUCGUACGAUAGUACGGGGGUUGGAAGAUGGCGUCUGCGCGUUGCAUUUUCGAACUCGCGGGGGUUUGCGGACUCUCGGGUUCUCGACGACGCGUCUCUUUGACGUCAACGCAUCCGGGCUGGCGCAUAAUUGGUGGUGGUGGUUGUUCAGUGCUCGUCGGACGGCGCUGGGACGGUAGCAUGUCGCCGCGCCCUGUGCUACCGCAGAACAGAUCUAAGGAGGCUGUAGCGCGGAAGGGAUGAACGCGAGCGAAGACGGGGGACCCGGGCGGCCCCUGGGGAACGAUUACGAGGGUACUUGUCCGGAAGAAACGGAAUCUGGAGUACCUUUGCCCCCUUGGGAAGCGGCAGCGGCAUCGGUGACCUUGGGUUUUCUGGUGCUGGCGACGGUCCUCGGUAACGCACUGGUUAUACUGAGCGUUUUCACCUACAGACCGUUGCGCAUAGUUCAGAAUUUUUUCAUCGUCUCACUCGCGGUAGCCGAUCUAGCCGUAGCGCUACUGGUGAUGCCAUUCAACGUCGCCUACCUACUGCUCGGCAAAUGGAUAUUCGGCAUCCACCUGUGCAAGUUGUGGCUCACCUGCGACGUGUUGUGUUGCACGGCGAGUAUACUGAAUCUAUGCGCUAUCGCGCUUGACCGUUACUGGGCCAUAACCGAUCCGAUAAACUACGCUCAAAAGCGCACCCUGAAACGUGUUCUGGGCACGAUAGCUUUCGUCUGGAUAUUCUCAGGCGCCAUAAGUUCGCCACCUCUGGCCGGAUGGAACGAUUGGCCGGAGGAACUGGAUCCGGGCACACCUUGCCAACUUACACGUCGUCAGGGCUACGUUAUCUAUUCGUCCCUCGGGUCCUUUUUUCUACCCCUGCUUCUGAUGAGCCUCGUCUACCUCGAGAUAUUUCUCGCCACGAGAAAACGGCUCAGGGAAAGAGCGAGACAGAGUCGUCUCGGGGCGGUCGCUUCGACGAGGCACAGGGGGACCGACGACGACCCCGAGGAGUCCGUCAGUUCCGAGACCAAUCAUAACGAGAGAUCGACGCCCCGUUCGCACGCCAAACCAUCCCUCAUCGAGGACGGACCGACGACGAUGACGGUCACGUUGGGGGGCGCCAUAACCGGUACUUCGCAUCUGGCGACUUCGACGACGACGGCGAUAGCCACCUCCACUACCGUCUACCAGUUCAUAGAGGAACGUCAGAGGAUUUCGUUGUCGAAGGAACGUCGAGCAGCGAGAACUCUCGGUGUUAUCAUGGGUGUGUUCGUCGUAUGUUGGCUUCCGUUCUUUCUGAUGUACGUUAUCGUACCCUUUUGCCCGGGGUGCUGCCCCACCGAAAGAAUGGUAUACUUCAUUACUUGGCUCGGCUACAUUAACAGCGCUCUCAACCCCCUCAUAUACACGAUAUUCAAUCUCGACUACCGGAGGGCGUUCAGACGGCUAUUGCACAUUCGCUGAGACGUCCGCACGUUGCACUAUCGCGUAAUUAAAGGUAUGUGGUACGACAUACAACGUUUCGUUUUCCUCGUCUAAUAAACGGGAGACGACGCUGCACGCCGUUCAUAUAGGUACGUACAUGUAUAUUCACCGCGGAAUAUAGACUGUCACCGCGUCAGAUAUAAUUCGCGCGGCGUUUUUCCUCCAACGGAUAUCGUCUUAAUUUAUCAUAGAGUAAGCUCACGUAUACAUAUGUAUACUUAUACGCGUGCACGUAUGGAUAUAUACCGUAUAGUCGACGUCAUUUCCCGAAAGGUGGUUCGCUCGUCGACGUUGUUGAUGCGUGUUUAUAUUUAUUAUUCUUUCCCCCCUUUACUUCGGAAAUGUGUUGGAAGAGAAGAGCCGUAAAACUAUAGAAUACGGUUACUGCGGGAUACUUUUUUUUGUCGUUUUUACGCUUUCUUUUCCUUCAUCCCCCUCCGCAACGCGACUCUUAGGACCGAACUUAUACCCCGCUCGCAUCCCCGUAAACCUUUUCAAUCAAGAUACAAUUUCCGGUGUUGAGAAAAUCCAUGAAAAUGCAAGUUACCUCUUCUUCUCCAUAUGUAGUUUCUUAUUUUCGAGAGUAAAACCCGAUCGGGUUUAUCCAAUUUUAUUUCUGAUGUGCUCUACGUAUAAUAUCCGGUUCGUUAUAUUCGCGGAAAAAAACAUCAUCCUUGUUUUCGGUCUUUGAAAUUUUCGUUAUUCUUUGGCGCAGAAAAAAAACUAACGAAAAAACUGGAAAAUGAUCUCGCGGUGCAGAAUUUAAAUUUUCACCUCGGUCUUAACUUUCCCAGGAAUACAGCACCACCGAGCAGCUACAUACCGCGGUAUAAUUCUCUACCCUAUAUACCUAUACAUAUAUAUUUUACAUUUAUAUAAUUCCGCUGCAGUACGGGGAUGAAAAUUGAUAAAUAGAUAAAAAGUUGGUUGCUCGCGGGGCUCGAAUUUCCCUAGACGAAGAUUUCUACUGUACAUGGUUCGUUUGCUGAGCGUUGCAGGUUCGUGUAAUAAAAUAUAUUUUACACGUACCCUACAUAACUAGAUACAUACUAUACAUACAUAUAUGUACACAAUAUACAUGGUGCAAUUUUAUAACGAGCUCCCACGGCAUGGUUAAUUUAUAACGCCAUGAUUAGACUCACGUGUAGCCUACCAUGAUACGAUGACGAAGACGAUUUCUUUUUAUUUUAUUUAUUCAUUUCCAAAUUUCGGGUUCGCGAAAACGCACGACGUCGCAUGCAAAUACGUAUACUAGCUGUACCUACCGUACGUUACAUGCCAUGAUAAAAAAGAACGAGAAGAAAAAAAAAAAAAAUCAAAGCAAACAAACAAAAAAACAGAACGAAACAACAAAAUACAAUUAUAAUACAUUUUCUUAAACCUAGUUAUAUAUUACUAAACUGUACCUUUGAUUAAUAUAAAAUUAAUUAUUACAAGUAUUAAGGUUGUGAUUCGGUAUGCAUAAAUAGAUAAUAUUCACGUGCCGGAACUAAAUGAAUAAAUAAAUACAUAUAUAUAAAUAAAUAUAAAUAUAUUAUACACAAUAAGAAGUUAGGCGUUCUAUUAUAUAUAUAUAUACAUAUAUAUAAAUAAUUGUAAACUAGCGGACACGCGAUUAAUAUAAUUAAUAAUAUUAUUAACGCGUCGUCCGCCAAAAAGAAGAAAGAGACAAAUGAAAAAAAAAAAAAAAAAAAAAAUACCAAUCGAACACGUCGAUUGCCUCGGCAAUCUUCGUCUGCAGGAGACACUCUUAAUAAGGUUGUGAUAAGGUUGUGAAAACAUUCUUAGCCGCGCUUCGAAUGACACAAGAUUUAAUUUAUCAUUAACAAACACAAAACUAGAUGAAAAAUAACAUUAUUAUAAUACAAAAAAAAAAACAAAAAAAAAAAAUUAAUGAAUCAAAGAAAAAACGUUAUUAUAUAUACAUAUUUAUGUAAUAUAGGUAUAUAUAAAUAAUUUAUUAUUAUUAUUAUUAUUAUUAUUAUUCGCAUUGACGCAUAGAAGUUUUACAUAUGUAAUUGAAGAUGUGAAGUCUGUCCAUGUGCGUUAUAAGAAAGAAGAAAAAUAAGAGAGAAAAAGAAGAAGAGAGCAAAUCGUAUUAUCAUAAAAUCGUUUAUAUAUUCGAGAUUAGCUAAAAUUUUUGAACAAAAAUCAACUCGCGUUAAUACAUAAUGAAGAAAAAAAAAACCAAAAAAACCAGAGAACGUAAGAAUGGGAACAGGUGAAAGCGGUGCAGAUUUUUCUACGGUCGCAUGUGUUAGGGUUAAAAACGAAAGAGGUUUACUCAAGAUUUGAAAGAAGUGCAGAGGGGUGAGAAACGAAUGACGCAGCGCAGAGGGUCGUACAAAGAAAUAGACAAAGGCUUUCUUGGGUUACGAAGUGAAAGGAAAACCACUCCGCGUAAAAUACUAAAGUAGUAUAAAAUAUAACGUCCGUUUAUAUUAUGGUACAUAAACUGUCACUUUCUAUAGGCGAGAAUUGUUCCGCAGGAUCCCAAUUCCCUUCGUCCGGGUGUUCAGGACGUUAACAAAAAUCUUGACCGACGAGAAAGAGAGAAGAAAAAAAAAAUAUAAAAAAUAAAUCGCGGUGUAAUUCACUGGGGUGAUAUUUGGGAAAAAGUAGAAGAAAGUGAAAGAAAGAGGGAAAGGAGAGAUGUUGUAACGCAAUAUA